AUGUCGAGUCAAAUAUAUCCAUCAGCUAUCUCGUAUACCGACACAGUGACACCAUCACUUACCAAUUUGCUCGUGGCUACAACAACAUCGUCAGAAGACGAUAGCGGCCCCCUCAGUUUACUAAAUAGUGGAAUCAACAAUAACGCUUUAGAAGCAAGCUCAAAUGAAUCAUCAUCAGACUCGCACGAGUCGUCUGCUUUAUAUUCGAUACACCAUACAACACCAACUGCCUCGGGAUUGGUUUAUCAGUCGGAUACUGCACAUAUGACUGGCGCAAAGGGAACAUUUGCAGCUAGCUCGGAUGUGAGAACUUUAAACCUAGCCACCGCUACUGCCACAGGAAGCAGCAGCGGGCUGGCGGUGGCCGACAAGAGAAAGAUAAAACUAAGCUUGAUAAUGUCUGGAAUGGCUUUCAUCUCGUUUGUGUUUGUCGCGUAA